AUUGGGACUAUGACAAUGACCUGAAAGAGGGAACUUUAAUUUCUAAUCCCUUUAUAAUAGAACUGUGCCUUAUCUAUUACUGAAUUUACAGAGAGACUAUUACUAAAGAUUACAGAGCAACUGGGUAUUAUUUGAAAGCAAUGAGGAUGAAGAGAAAAGAACUGAUUAUGUUGAUGAUAGGUAUCAUUCUGAGAGCUGUAAGUGGACAAAGCACAGUCUACACAUCAGAAUCCACAGAUGUCACAUCUUCUGCAUCACCGACUUCUGAUGGAACAACUGCAGGAACAACACAAGGAACCCCAACUAGUCUUAGUGAAACAUCAGAAUCCACAAUUGUCACAUCUUUAACAUCACCAACUACUUCUGUGGGAACAACUGCAGGAACAACACUGGGAACCCCAACUAGUCUUAGUGAAACAUCAGAAUCCACAGUUGUCACAUCUUCUGCAUCACCAACGUCUGAUGGAACAACUGCAGGAACAACACUAGGAACCCCAACUAGUCUUAGUGAAACAUCAGAAUCCACAGUUGUCACAUCUUCUGCAUCACCAACUUCUGAUGGAACAACUGCAGGAACAACACUGGAAACCACAACUAGUCUUGUUGAAACUUUAGAAUCCACAAUUAUCACAUCUUCAACAUCACCAACUUCUUCUGUGACAACAACUACAGGAAUAACACCUGGGACCACAACUAGUCUUGUUGAAUCAUCAGAAUCCACAGUUGUAACAUCUUCAACAUCACCAUCUUCUCCUGCUGCAACAACUGCAGGAACAACAAUGGAAACCACAACUAGUAUUAUUGAAACAUCAGAAUCUACAGUUGUAACGUCUUCAACAUCAGCAACUUCUUCUGUGAUAACAACUAGCGGAACAACACCUUUGACCACAACUAGUCUUGUUGAAACAUCAGAAUCCACAGUUGUCACAUCUACAACAUCACCAACUUCUUCUGUGACAACAACUACAGGAACAACGCCUGGGACAACAACUAGUCUUGUUGAAACAUCAGAAUCCACAGUUGUCACAUCUUCAACAUCACCAUCUUCUCCUGCUGCAACAACUGCAGGAACAACAAUGGAAACCACAACUAGUAUUAUUGAAACAUCAGAAUCUUCAGUUGUCACGUCUUCAACAUCACCAACUUCUUCUGUGACAACAACUAGCGGAACAACACCUGGGACCACAACUAGUCUUGUUGAAACAUCAGAAUCCACAGUUGUCACAUCAACAUCACCAACUUCUCCUGCUGCAACAACUGCAGAAACAACACUGGGAACCACAACUAGUCUUGUUGAAACUUCAGAAUCCACAAUUGUCACAUCUUCAACAUCACCAACUUCUCCUGCUGCAACAACUGCAGGAACAACAAUGGAAACCACAACUAGUAUUAUUGAAACAUCAGAAUCCACAGUUGUCACAUCUUCUGCAUCACCAACGUCUGAUGGAACAACUGCAGGAACAACACUGGGAACCCCAACUAGUCUUAGUGAAACAUCAGAAUCCACAGUUGUCACAUCUUCUGCAUCACCAACUUCUGAUGGAACAACUGCAGGAACAAAACUGGAAACCACAACUAGUCUUGUUGAAACUUUAGAAUCCACAAUUAUCACAUCUUCAACAUCACCAACUUCUUCUGUGACAACAAAUACAGGAACAACACCUGGGACAACAACUAGUCUUGUUGAAACAUCAGAAUCCACAGCUGUCACAUCUUCAACAUCACCAUUUUCUCCCAGUGCAACAACUGCAGGAACAACAAUGGAAACCACAACUAGUAUUAUUGAAACAUCAGAAUCUACAGUUGUCACGUCUUCAACAUCACCAACUUCUUCUGUGACAACAACUACAGGAACAACACCUGGGACCACAACUAGUCUUGUUGAAACAUCAGAAUCCACAGUUGUCACAUCUUCAACAUCACCAUCUUCUCCUGCUGCAACAACUGCAGAAACAACAAUGGAAACCACAACUAGUAUUAUUGAAACAUCAGAAUCUUCAGUUGUCACGUCUUCAACAUCACCAACUUCUUCUGUGACAACAACUAGCGGAACAACACCUGGGACCACAACUAGUCUUGUUGAAACAUCAGAAUCCACAGUUGUCACAUCAACAUCACCAACUUCUCCUGCUGCAACAACUGCAGAAACAACACUGGGAACCACAACUAGUCUUGUUGAAACUUCAGAAUCCACAAUUGUCACAUCUUCAACAUCACCAACUUCUCCUGCUGCAACAACUGCAGGAACAACAAUGGAAACCACAACUAGUAUUAUUGAAACAUCAGAAUCUUCAGUUGUCACGUCUUCAACAUCACCAACUUCUUCUGUGACAACAACUAGCGGAACAACACCUGGGACAACAACUAGUCUUGUUGAAACAUCAGAAUCCACAGUUGUCACAUCUUCAACAUCACCAACUUCUUCUGUGACAACAACUACAGGAACAACGCCUGGGACAACAACUAGUCUUGUUGAAACAUCAGAAUCCACAGUUGUCACAUCUUCAACAUCACCAUCUUCUCCUGCUGCAACAACUGCAGGAACAACAAUGGAAACCACAACUAGUAUUAUUGAAACAUCAGAAUCUUCAGUUGUCACGUCUUCAACAUCACCAACUUCUUCUGUGACAACAACUAGCGGAACAACACCUGGGACCACAACUAGUCUUGUUGAAACAUCAGAAUCCACAGUUGUCACAUCAACAUCACCAACUUCUCCUGCUGCAACAACUGCAGAAACAACACUGGGAACCACAACUAGUCUUGUUGAAACUUCAGAAUCCACAAUUGUCACAUCUUCAACAUCACCAACUUCUCCUGCUGCAACAACUGCAGGAACAACAAUGGAAACCACAACUAGUAUUAUUGAAACAUCAGAAUCUACAGUUGUAACGUCUUCAACAUCAGCAACUUCUUCUGUGAUAACAACUAGCGGAACAACACCUUUGACCACAACUAGUCUUGUUGAAACAUCAGAAUCCACAGUUGUCACAUCAACAUCACCAACUUCUGAUGGAACAACUGCAGGAACAACACUGGGAACCCCAACUAGUCUUAGUGAAACAUCAGAAUCCACAGUUGUCACAUCUUCUGCAUCACCAUCUUCUGAUGGAACAACUGCAGGAACAACACUGGAAACCACAACUAGUCUUGUUGAAACUUUAGAAUCCACAAUUAUCACAUCUUCAACAUCACCAACUUCUUCUGUGACAACAACUGCAGGAACUACAGUUGUCAUGUCUUCAACAUCACCAACUUCUUCUGUGACAACAACUAGCGGAACAACACCUGGGACCACAACUAGUCUUGUUGAAACAUCAGAAUCCACAGUUGUCACAUCUUCAACAUCACCAACUUCUUCUGCGACAACAACUACAGAAACAACACUUGGAAUCACAACUAGUCUUAUUGAAACAUCAGAAUCCAUAGUUAUCAUGUCUUCAACAUCACCAACUUCUCCUGCUGCAACAACUGCAGAAACAACACUGGAAACCACAACUAGUCUUGUUGAAACUUUAGAAUCCACAAUUAUCACAUCUUCAACAUCACCAACUUCUCCUGCUGCAACAACUGCAGGAACAACAAUGGAAACCACAACUAGUAUUAUUGAAACAUCAGAAUCUACAGUUGUAACGUCUUCAACAUCAGCAACUUCUUCUGUGAUAACAACUAGCGGAACAACACCUUUGACCACAACUAGUCUUGUUGAAACAUCAGAAUCCACAGUUGUCACAUCAACAUCACCAACUUCUCCUGCUGCAACAACUGCAGAAACAACACUGGGAACCACAACUAGUCUUGUUGAAACUUCAGAAUCCACAAUUGUCAUAUCUUCAACAUCACCAACUUCUUCUGCAACGACAACUACAGGAACAACACCUAGGACCACAACUAGUGUUAUUGAAACAACAGAAUCCACAGUCAUUGCAUCUUCAACAUCAUCAAUGUCUUCUGCUGCAACAACUGCAGGAACAACACUGGGAACCACAACAAGUUCUGCCUUGGUAACAUCAACCACUGCAGGUGCCCCAGCUGAGUCAGAUGUUACAAUGCAAAUUAGCUUUACCACAGCAGAACCAUUUAAUGACAACUUACUAAACAAAGGUUCACCCGAGUUCACUGAGCGUGCAAAUAAGAUCAUAGUUGAGUUUGGACAAAUUUUUCAAGCGAUAUUCCAGACAUUCAGGAAGCUGACAGUAAUUGGUUUCAGAUCUGGAUCAACUGUUUCAAAUGUUGGAGUAACAUUCAAUGGCAGUCUGCCUAAUGAUUCUUUAGUCACUGAGACAAUGGUGAAUGCAAAUACAAGCUUUGUAAUAACAAACAUCAGCGUUUCAACUGAAUCACCAGAAAUGACCUCAACACAGAUUACAACAACUACAGCAACAGAUAUCACAACAGACUUUUCAUCUAGCACUGGCUCUACUACAGCUGCUACCUCAGAAACUUCAACAAGUGCUACUACACUGUUGUCUACAAUACAAAGUUCAACAAGUGUAAGAUCAACAAGUGUAAGAUCUGAAACAGAAUCCACCACAGCUAUCAGACAAGAAACCUCAACUGAUGUUCCAUCAGAAGCAGCAUCUAGCACUCUUUCAGUACCAACUACAGUAACCAUACCAGAAACCUCCACAACUGUUACAACAGAAGCAGCAUCUAGCACUCCUUCAGUACCAACUACAGUCAUCACAACAGAAACCUCUACAACUGUUACAACAGAAGCAGGAUCUAGCACUCCUUCAUUACCAACUACAGUAAUCACAACAGAAACCUCUACAACUGUUACAACAGAAGCAGCAUCUAGCACUCCUUCAGUACCAACUACAGUAAUCAUACCAGAAACCUCCACAACUGUAACAACAGAAGCAGCAUCUAGUACUCCUUCAGUACCAACUACAAUAAUCAUACCAGAAACCUCCGCAAUUGUUACAAUAGAAGCAGCAUCUAGCACUCUUUCAGUACCAACUACAGUAAUCACAUCAGAGACCUCCACAACUGUUACAACAGAAGCAGCAUCUAGCACUCCUUCAGUAACAACUACAGUAAUCAUACCAGAAACCUCCACAACUGUUACAACAGAAGCAGCAUCUAGCACUCCUUCAGUAACUACAGUAACCAUACCAGAAACCUCCACAACUGUUACAACAGAAGCAGCAUCUAGCACUCCUUCAGUACCAAUUACAGUCAUCACAACAGAAACCUCCACAACUGUUACAACAGAAGCAGCAUCUAGCACUCCUUCAAAGGAGCAUCUAGCACUCUUUCAGUACCAACUACAGUAA